AUGUCUGUGAGUCCGACCGACAUCGCCAGCCUCCGUCAGCAGAUCGCCGACCUCGCGAAUAUUAUGUCUUCAAAACAAGACGUCCAAGUGAUGAAAGGCUCAGAUGGAAAUGUCUUGGGCAUCCAGGACUGCUUGGUCUUGAUUGAACGAAAAAUAAAAGCCCUAGAAGAUAAGACGAAUAUGAGUCUGUCAGCCCUGAAUGCCAAGAUCGAGCACACAAACGAACGGGUUGGUACUAUCGAUGCAAGAAUGUCCGACUACGUGUCAAAGCUCAAUGACAAGAUCGAUAACCAAUCACAGAUGAUGAAGGAUAUGUACAGUCUGAUCUCGAACAUGAACAAACGUGGGGAAAACCAGGUAGGGAGAUAUGAGGAGACAACGAGCGUUCUGCCGAAACCUCGUGAGAGAGUACCUGCCCCCGUACCAUCGACACAGUGGUCCUACACACAAUUCGACUACAAAAAUAAUGCUAAAGUAGUGAUAUUUGGUGUCCCGGAGGUUGAUACGACGACAGAAAAGGAAGAUGGGACUCCGAUAUUAAAACCAACAGUCAAAGAACAAGUGGAGAGGGCACUGACUCGAGCUGGAGCAAGAUGUGCUACUGAUUCAAUGCGUACAGCCAAGAGGCUCGGAGCGUACCGGUCUGAUAGAGAUUUGGAAUCUAGGCCGAGGCCAAUCUGCAUACAAUUCGCACAGCCAGAUGUGGCAAGUGAAUUUGUGAAGGCUAAUGGUGUGAACCUCAGGAAGCAAGGGCUGGGAAUCAAGUGGUGGAGGCCUUAUAGACCGAGAGCCAGUCAAGCUACGGAAGAGAUCAGCUCCAUGGCGGCCAGAAUCGAUGAGCUAGCGAGAUUGGUGAAAAAUCACACCUUAUCGGCGGAAAAAGGAGUAGACGGUACCAUAAGUGGUGAGGGAUCGGAUUUACUAUAUCCAGAGCAAGACUACAAUAUGGCAGGAAUCGUGCGGCAAGAGAGAGAAGAUCGAAUCGGCUGUACCACACAGAUAGUGAGUCUGGGAUCUAGAGGUGUAGGGGGUAACGACGGGGUGUGUGCCUUUUCUGAGCAUGAGCUCCGCUCGCGGGAAUCUAGGUCUAAUGACAUCGGGCAUUGCCAACUGCUAACAAAAUCGCAUAAGUUUCUCAUUGCGACCCUGAACAUACGUACGGCACGUAAAGAUAGACAGAUGGCGAAACUUGUGGGGCUCAUCGAGAGAAUGGAGUUGGAUAUCACCGUUGUAUGUGAAUCCCAAGUAGAAACCGAGAGCAGAAUGGGAAGCUACAGAAUCCUAAACUCCUCCAGUAAAGGAGUGAAAAUUAUUCUAUCCGAGAGAGCCGAGAAUUCAAUGAUAAAAUGGACCGCACAUCAAGAUAGGAUAGUAUCAUGCCGCUUCUUUGGGAAGUAUUUCCGUACCACAGUUAUUGGACUAUAUUGGCCCGCAAACAACCGCAACAAGCGAACAGAAGACUAUGAGCGGUUUUCGCAUGAACUUGAUUUCGUUAUAUCACAAGUUCCACCGAGGGAUAUGUUACUCAUAUGUGGAGACUUCAACUGCACGGGGAUCAACCGAGACCUACUCGACACACUAGCGCAUACAAAUGACCUCUGCAUAGGUCAGUGGCAUAAAUUCAAACAUCUGUCUACUACGCCUACCUGGAGACACCCCAAUGCAGAGCUCCAGGGAAAUGUCCUGGAUCUGAUACUCAUCAGACGCCGAUAUGUAAACAUGCUUGAGGCAAUGGGCGUAAAGGAUCCCCGACCUGUGGAGACAGACCACAGACUUGUCUGGGCUCGAAUAGGAUUGCACAUAUGCAGAGGAUCAGGACAACGAAGUCGUGCCAUGACUGAGAGGUAUAUCCGACGAAUAUGUGACAGUUCCCCUCGAAGGAAACGAAUAGACCGUGAGCUGGAGAGAGCCACGGAUGAGAACGACAGGAUACGAUCACCGGAUGAAGAAUGGGACGAUUUCCGAUCAAAACUCGAACACGCAACCAGCCAAUUCGAGAAAUCGAGAACAAGAACCGGAUGCAGGGACGUAGUAUCUCAGCAUCUCAAAAGGAAAGAAAGACGAUCCAGGAUAACCAUAGCAAUAGAGGAUAUGACCAAGUGUCAUGUGAACGACGAUAAAGCACUGUGGAAAGUCAUACAAGAUACGUUCAAGGUGCGAUCAGCAAGAGCUACUAUACCCAUGUCUCUCACUGUAGAUAAAGUCGCAGACUAUAUGAGCAAUAUGCUAUAUGCCGAUGGGCCAGUUGACAAUGGAAGAUACGGCGAAACAGACGAGCUGGCCAUAACUGUCCCAAGUGAAGACCAUGAGCCCGUGCCACCAGACAUAAAGCUUAAUGAAGUUACAGAAGCCAUAAAGCGGCUUAAAAACAAGAAAAGCAGUGGCGUGGAUGGAUUACCGGCAGAAGUUUUCAAGAUCGGGGUCGGAAUGGCAAAGAGCAUACAGAGGGUAUGUCAAGCCUGUUUCGAAACCGAGAGACUGCCAGAACAAUGGGAUAUCUCGAAAGUUACGCUGAUCUAUAAGAAGGGGAACAAAAACGAGUGCUCGAACUAUCGUACUAUAUUAGCACAAUGUGCUGCAGCAAAGAUCUUCAGCAUUAUUAUACUCGCAAGGAUCUACCCCGAUAUUGAUAGGAAGAUUGAUAACUCCCAAGUAGCCUUCCGCCGCGGGAGAUCCGGCCUAGAAGUGAUACACGCAUUACAAUUAUUGAUAGACAAGUGCAAUGCAUUUGAAUUACCACUGACAUUGACCAGUACUGAUUUCAGAAAAGCCUUCGAUAAAAUAUCUCGAGAUCACGUGUAUGAAUCUUUGCGGUUGGCUCGGGUACAUCCGAAGUACAUCAGGAUUGUAAAAAAUUGUUAUGAAUCGGCAAAAGCCACAAUAAGGUUGCAUAAGAGAGAGCAGACAAUUGAGCUCAAAAGUGGACUGCGACAAGGUGACUGCUGGAGUCCCCUACUAUUUAUCUGCGGUUUGGACCGUGUCCUCGGCCAAAGGAUAAGGGAGUCGCAAUACGGAUUUCGGUUAGUCAAGGAGAUACAGCCCGGACGAUACACUAGACUCAGUAUGAGGAAGCAGGAUCUCGGACUAUGUCUCAACGAGUUAAGUUUUGCAGACGACGUUACAGUACCUGCCUCCACAAUCGAAGGAGCUGACCGUCAACUAUCGUAUCUCGAGGAGGAUGGAAAAAUUGCAAAUCUCAUGAUAGCACCGGAGAAGUGCAAGAGACUGUGCGUUAACCUGGAGAGUAAGGAAGGCAGCUCGGAAAAGUCAAGGAUUAAAUGCACUGAUAAAUUGAGCAUCCUCGGUGCCAUAAUCGAUGGCAAACGGGAUAAUGAAACCCAUAUUCGUAGGCGCAUGCAACUCGCGGGACAAAGAAUGGCAAGGCUACAGAAAGUUUGGAACUCGCAUGAUAUAAGCGGGAGAAAGCGGGAAGGUUGGAUGGAUCUCAUAGCAGAGGAUUUGAGAGUGGCGAGUCUGUCGCGAGGAGAUGCUCAGGACCGAGUUCUCUGGGAGAGAAGGACUAAGGCUUUGAGACCGAGAUUAAGGCUCAAAGGCACCAAGGCUACGCCUCGCCGUGGCCAAGGCACUGGACAAUUCCAAAUCUUCCUUGGAAGGGAUAGGCCUCACAAGGGACAGUUAGCUGAAGAGAUCUACGUCACCUUCAGUGUCUCCCUCUAG